AUGACGACGCAUUUCAAGGAAAAUGUGGUCGCCUUGUCGAAAACGGAACAGGAGUGCGCAGUAUCGAUGGCGCAAAAGUGUGUAUAUCUGUGUCUCGAGGAAAGCUAUAUAUGCAAUAUUUUCGGAUGAUUGAUAAGCCACCUGAACCUCCGAUAAUGGAACCUAGUUGCAGCCCGUGACAAGUUUCUGAGCGAUGUGAUUCUCGUGGUCCGAAAAGUCUGAGAAUAUUUUUACAAGCCGCGUCUUUGCAGCUGUACAUAUCAAAAAAUCGCAUUUCUCUCUCUCUUCUUCACUUCUCCCAAGGAUUAGUUGCAACUCUUGCGACUUUCCAGUCUCAGAGACGAGAUGACAUAUUUGCGCUGCAUACUUGGGAGCAAAUGACGACCAGUACCAGGUGCAGGGGUCGGUGAAGAUCUUCCUCCCGGGGGCCUCGGUCAGCACCUGCGGGAGCGCGGAGUCGUUUAUUUUACUCGCGUAGCCUCUGCAAAAGUUAAAGUAUUGCACUCGUACUAUUGAUUGGAAUUGUGCAUCUUCAUGACGAGGGAUUCAGAUUCUUCUCCUUCAUGUGAACCAGCAAUACAAACAAAUUACGCUUUUCCUACUUUUCCUCAGUGGAUUUUUGAUGCGGUUUCUUCUACUAGUUGUAUGUAGUGAGGUCACCGAACGGUUCUAACCGGGGAGUUUUUUUGACAUAUACCCUCAAAAACGACCGGCAGUUUUGAAGCCUGUAGAGAGUUUUUUUGCAUGAAAAAGAUCCCAGCGUGCAAGCCUGUUUGGCUUACCUGGCACCGAAUCGCCAGCGGAUUCUAUCGAUCGCCACUGGGUAAAACGACGCAGAGAAGCCAGCAAAAGGGGCGCCCUUCUGGGGCGCCCACCGCCUUGGUUUCUGGCGGUUUGGGGCGCCCAAAAGGGCGCCCGAAAAAAACGCACCGAAAAUCAGAACAAGCGAAACAGCAUGGCACGGCCGCGGUUUCGGAGCAUUUUGGGCGGCCGCGAAAGCGGCCGCAUUUUCGCCGGUUUCAGAGCCUGGGGGGCUUUGCAAAAAGCGCCGACCAGAAAAGUAAAAACGCAAAAAAGCAAAAGCGCGCCAGACGCGCAAAGCCAAUCCGCAUGCUACGGGCCCGAUUUUUCUUCGCUUUUUGGGCGCCCCCCGUGGCACCCGGAUCGGCCUCAUAGCAUGGGGGCUGGCUUUCGGAAAGGAAUAUCGGAAAUUUGCCAAAAUUUGCGACGUUUAUCAAGCGGCCGCCAUACCGUGCGGCCUAACGUUACUCACGGCGGUACGGCGAGCCCAGAAAAAGCAAAGCCGCGGCCAAGGCGACGGCCGGCAAGAAAACGCCCACGACCUCACUACCUCCGCCCCGGCGGCUAUAUUUGGUACAACGACAAGAUACUUUUGCAAUGCAUACUGCCCUCGAGAAGCCAGUGAAGGAAGCGUUUAAGGCGCAUUUUUCGUUGACCAAGACUUCCUUCGACGUUUACAUUGAGGACAAACCGAAUUACGGAGCCAAGUGUAUGGACUUCUCAAUAAGCGUCAGAUUGAUAGCUGUUGCGUUAAUUUAUGAUUCAGAAUUACAGCAAAAGUGAAGGGAGAAGCAGCUCGCUUGCGCGUUUUGCAUUACAGUUGUGGACCGGAUUUUCAUGCCGUUGAGCGCUUCGAGAACUUGUCAUGCGCAGGAGCUUGGUCUCGUGCGCAAUGAUAGUGAAUCUGCAUGACAAAAAAAUUAUGUAUAGAUACAGUGAACUACAUCAAUGGCACGCUUGAGAAUCUGAUGAAUUGCUCGGCCGAAUCCUCGGGCAUGUCAUACGAGUUUGGGUUUAUCCUGAGGUCGUUAUCCGCUGGGAAAGCAAAGUGUGUGAAAACCGCUUUGGCGGGCGACCUUUCUGCAUUGUUCACCACCCUGCAGUAUGCAUUGCAAAAGUAUCGUACUCGUAUAAAUGCAUGACAAUUUCCCUCAGCAUGAGAAAUAAAAUUUGUAAUGAGGAUUUGCCUUGAAGAGAAAAAAAUUUGUAAUGCAUGAUUGCAAUUACUACGAGUACGAUACUUUUGCAGAGGAUAUGCAGUCGAAAUGCAACGAGUUUCCGGAUUCUCAGGUAGGGGCGUGUGCCACGACGUUGUCCGGUGGGGUGAGCGAUUUGAAGCUAGGAAGUGAAUUUACCCUCGAAUACAGGCCGCCCAUGUAUUCAGUGCAAAAGUGCGUCGCUAUUGCUUGUAAGUGGUGUUGCAUUCAUGCAUUCUGGCAGAGUUGUAGACUACCUGUUUGUGAUUGUGAGCUUAACAACAUUUUUUAGCCUGACGGGCUCGAAAUUUCAUCCUGAAAAGGAGCGAGCUUGUUGUAAGCAGGCCUUGUACAACAGCCAGUUGUGCGAUAGUACUUUUGCACGGGAUAAGACGAGCGAUGAGGCCACUGUCACCGCUGACGCAGACUGCACCAGCGGGGCGGGAACGGGAGGAACAGCAGCUUCGACGGUAUCCACGACAGUCAAUUUCCCGUACACGUUUUUGCAUGUGGAUUCUCCAUGACACACUUUCCCUUCGCCUUCGAUCCUCUGCUGCAUGACAAGUGUUACUCUCUACGCUAGCGAAAAAAAUAUUUGUGAUGCCUUUUCUAGCUCGUAAGUUGUAUCCGGGACCGGGAAAUUUAGACUGCAUAGACGGCGGCCCCGGCUGCCACCACAACCCCGGUUGUCACCGUAA